AUGCAGGCUGCCUCCGUCGUGGCUAGGUCCACUUUCCUUGGCGCGGGUUCCUCGCGCCUCGCCAGGUCGACCCGUGUUAACGCACAGCCGACCUCCAUCUCCGCCCUGAAGAUUGAGGCUAAGGGCAACUGGCUCCCUGGGUCCACCUCCCCGGCGUGGCUCGAUGGCAGCCUUCCCGGCGACAACGGCUUCGAUCCCCUUGCCCUGGCUGAGGAUCCCGAGAACCUCAAGUGGUACGUCCAGGCCGAGCUCCAGAACGGCCGCUGGGCCAUGCUCGGUGUUGCCGGCAUGAUCAUCCCCGAGGCUCUGACCUCCGCUGGGCUCCUGAACGUGCCAGUGUGGUACGACACUGGUGUCGCCGAGUUCUGGUGCCCCACUCCCACCCUGUUCGCGAUCGAGUUCAUCCUGUUCAACUUUGUGGAGCUUCUGAGGUGGCAAGACAUCAAGAAGCCCGGAAGCGUGAGCACCGACCCGUUCGGCAACACUCUCGCCCCUGGUGAAGUUGGUUACCCCGGUUUCAACCCCAUGGGUAUGGGAACCGACUUCCGCAGCAAGGAGAGCGAGCUGGCUAACGGCCGUACCGCCAUGAUCGCGUUCUUGGGUUUCAUCGUCCAGUCGCACAUCACUGGUGCCGGUCCCUUUGCCAACCUGGCUGCCCAUCUUGCCGACCCAUGGAACACGACCGUCUUCCAGAGCCUGGACAAGUUCCUGUCUUAA